UCCAGGGUUGCCGUCAUACAACACAAGCGCGCCAAUGAACUUUUAGGAGUGAGAGUUUAGAGAGAGAGGAAAAGAGGGGAAAAUUGCAGAGGCGGUUAUAAGCGCGCGAUAACCUUCUCCGUCUUAAUGUAAUUCGCCCUUAAAUUCAGAGAAAGAAGCUUUGGCUUGCAAUGCUCCAAACCCUAAUCUGGAAAACCCCAUCCUUUUUUCGGUGAAAUGGAGGUUGUAUAAGGAAGAGGGGCUUGGUUAUUCUGUUUAGGUUUUAGCAUAUCAGCCAUGGCUAGCGCGGUCGAGCCUGCCCUGACUGAUGUAGGAAAACGCCUUUCUAAGUCUCAACUCAACAAGGACUCUCUCAUUAAAUUGCUUAAGAAAGCUGUGAGUGGUUUACAGGAGUUAGGUCAGGCUCCAUCAUUGCAAUCUGUUCUAGAACCCAUAAGUGAUUCCCUUGUUAGACAUAAUCUUUUCCAGCAUAAAGAUAAGGAUGUGAGACUUCUAGUGGCAGUGUGCUUUAGUGAAAUCUUUCGGAUCUUGGCGCCUGAGAUUUCUUACAGUGAUGAUACAUUAAGGGAGAUUUUUCAACUGUUCAUCAGCAUCUUCAAAGAUCUUGAUGAUACAUCCAGCCCUUACUUUACGAAAAGGGUUAACAUCCUGGACAUAGUUGCAAGAGUCCGGUGCUGCGUAUUGAUGCUCGACAUUGGCUGUGACGAUUUGGUUCUGGAAAUGUUCAAUGUCUUCUUUUCUGUUUUGAGAGAAGAUCAUCCACAGAGUGUGUUCCAGGGUUUCUGUUCUAUAGUUACACUAAUUAUAGAUGAAAGUGGGGAAGUUUCUCAACCACUGUUGGAUGUGAUUCUGCGUAAUCUAUUGAAGGGGAAAUUUCAAAAAAGAAUUGUACUGAAGGAGAAAAAAAAGAGUUUGCCUUUUGCUUCCUUUAGGCUCUCUGUUUCUGCCAUUCAGAACUGCGCAGCAAAGCUUGAGCCAUCUGUUCGACGGUUUUUGACAUCUUCAAUUUUAGACAGUGGCCCUACAGGGAGUGAGCUUCAAGGGUCCUACCAUGAAAUUAUAUUUGAAAUUUUCCAGUGCGCUCCUCAGAUGCUUCUUUCUGUCAUUCCUAAUUUGAUUCAGGAGUUACUGACAGAGCAUGUAGAUGUCCGCAUAAAGGCUGUUCGAUUGCUUGGGAGGAUUUUUGCUUUACCUGGGCAUCAUGCUGCUCAUGAAUAUCAUCAACUCUUUGUUGAGUUCUUGAAAAGAUUCUCUGACAAGUCUGCUGAAGUAAGGCUUAUUGCAGUUGAGUGUGCAAAAGGAUGCUUCAUGGCCAACCCUUCAGGGCCAGAAACACUGGAAAUUGUCGCUGCUCUAAAAGGAAGGCUCUUGGAUUUUGAUGAUAAAGUGAGGAUGCAAGUUGUGAAUGUAAUUUGUGACAUAGCAAAAGUUAGCCCUAGAUGUAUUCCAUCAGAAUUGAUUAUGGAUGCUUCUGAACGUCUCCGUGAUAAGAAGGUUGUUGUUAGAAAGAAUGCCAUGCAUAAGUUGCUGGAUCUGUAUAGGGAGUACUGCAAGCAAUGCUCUGUUGGUGUCCUUACACUAGAUGACAGUUUUGAGAAAAUUCCAAGUAGAAUUCUGACGCUUUGUUAUGAUAAAGACUGCAAAGAAUUCAGGCCUCAGGGGAUGGAGCUUAUAUUUGGAGAAGAUCUGUUCCCUGUAUCUCUUCCAGUUGAGGAGCGGACUAAACACUGGAUUUCUUUGUUUUCUUUCUUUCAAAUGCCCCAAAAGAAGGCAUUUGAGUCUAUGUUAUCUCAGAAAUGGAGAUUGCAAAAGGAGAUGCGGCUUUAUUUAGCAUUGCGACAGGAAGCGAAGGAGAAUUGUAAUGAGGAACUUAAUCAGAAGAUUCUGGCUUCUUUCAAAGCAAUGUCUACUUCAUUUGUUGACCCUUCAAAGAUGGAGGAAUGCUUCCAGAAAUUGCAUCAGAUGAAAGACAAUAACAUAUUUAAGGCAAUGCAGCAGCUACUAGAUGAAGUGACAUGUGUUGAGACUGCUCAAACCAUUCGCGAGGGCUUGCUAGAGAAGAUAGGGAAGCAGCAUUCCCAUUAUGAUUUUUUGAGGAUACUCUCUUUGAAGUGCUCUCAUAAUCUAUUCAGUGGCAAACUUGUACAAUGUAUUCUGCUAGAAUUCUUAUCCUGUGGUACUGCUGCGAAUCAGACUGCACGGGUGUCAUGCAUCGAUCUUCUUUUGAUAGUUGCGAGCUUCUUUCCUCUUUUGCUAAGAGGAUCUGAAGAACUAUUUGUGAGACUGUUAACCGAGAAUGAUGGACCUUCAAAAGAUAAGCUUCUUUUGCUGUUAACUAAGGCAGGCCCCGUAAUGCACAUCAAAUUCAGCACUUUAUAUCGCAUCUUGAGGGAACUAGGUUUGGAGGGGACUCGCCUGGAAGCCAAGUAUUCUAUUUCUGCACUUGCCUCAUUGAAUGCUGAUUCCAGUGAGCAGGCCUUCUCACACCUUUACAAGGAACUUGUGGAAUCUCUAAAUGCUGGCCGAAUCAAUCCAACUAUGUUACAGUCUUUGGGUUGCAUUGCACAAUAUUCAGUGUUAUUAUUCAAGACCUAUGAGGACCAAAUUAUGAAGUUAAUUUUUCAAAAGUUAUUUCAAAUGGAUGCUUUUGAAAUGCUACAAGAGCAAUCUGCAGGUCAUGAUAAUUCUAUUUGCGGCAGCCAUUGUGAGCUAAAGGUAUGUGGGCUUAAAACUCUCGUCAAGAGUUAUUUACCAUACAAAGGAGCUCGUGAUGAUCUUAACAUUAAAGGGUUGUUGAGCAUCUUGUUGAAGCUACUUCAGUAUGGAAACAUUUCUGAAGAAGUUCUUUCAAGUGAAAGUGACAAGGCUCAUGUCAGAUUGGCUGCGGCAAAGUCUGUCGCCCGACUUGCCCGGAGAUGGGAUUGGCAUAUAUCACCUCAGCUUUUUCACUUAACGGUACAACGAGCUCAGGACUCAUCUGAUUAUGUUCGCAGGCUUUUUUUGGGAAAAAUCCAUAAGCUCUUGAAGGAGCAUGCCAUUCCAAACAAAUAUGCAUGUUCAUUUGCAUUGGCUUCAUCAGAUUGCCUAAAACAUAUCCGUGAUGAUUCAGCAAAAUAUUUAGCAGGAUUCAUUGAGGAAUACCGACGAGAAGCUCAAAAACGUCAAGCAUCUGCCAUCCAAGAUUUGGAAGGUGCAACCAUGAUGAACUUCCCGGAAUAUGUUCUGGUGUUCCUAGUUCAUGUUCUUGCUCAUGAUCCAGGCUUCCCAGAUCAAGACUCUGAAGAUGAAGAUGUUUAUACUAGAUUUUGCAGCCCACUGGUUCUAUUCUUGAAGGCACUAAUUACCCCUGAUCUUGUGGAUAACUCCAAGGAUGGGUGUGACAAUGUAUCAUAUAUAGUUAGUAUAUUUUCUGCCAUUAAAAAGGCUGAGGAUGCUGCAGAUAAAAGCCUGACUUCUAGGUUAUGUAUUUUAUCUGAUAUUGGAAUUCAUGUUACAAAAGCAUUUGGACAUAACACCUCUUCUGCUCAGACACCAAGAUUGGUGUAUCUGCCGGCAUCAUUUUAUAGAGUUAGUGAGGAUGCAAAGACUGAGAAAGGUGAUGUGAACCAUCUAUCGGAUUAUUUGAUUGAUGGAAAGCUCAUAGAAAAGAUCUUUAAUGGGUCUGGAUCAUGUAGUGCUCAGGAAUGCUCUUUACUUCCAAAUGAUAGAAAGAACACUUCAAAGACACUUCUUUCGUGGAAGCAAGCUGAGUCAUUGCUGAGUGAAGUAGAAGAAGAAAGGGACAAUUCUGUUCGUCAUGCAAAGGGAAAUUUUGUAAAAUCAAAUCAACAAGUCAACCCAAAAGGAAAGCGUAAAGGUGCCCCAUCACCUAUUUCGGAGCAACUACUAUUUGCGGGUUCCGCUGACCAUAAGAAGCUAAAACAAUCAUCAAAGAACAUUGAGUCUGGAGUGUUAAAAAAAAAACUUGUUCCUCUCACUAGCUCUAUCACGGCGAACCGAUCAACUACUUCUUCAGUAAUAUCUGAAAAGGAGGCAGGAAACUUAAACGGCAUUUUCAGGCUUCGUAAAGGAAAGAAGGUGAUCGGUGAAACUUCUAGUGAGGCUCUGAAAUUUUGUGAAAGCAAACGCAAUAGACCAUUCAAGUUUAAGGAGCUUAAAGAUGUGGAUGAGUUGGUUGGACAGAGAAUCAAACUAUGGUCACCAUUUGACAAGUGCUUCUAUAUUGGUAUUGUAAAUGAGUUUGAUCAUGAAAGCCAAACACACAAGAUAUCAUAUGAUAAUGGGGAAAUCGAGCGGCUUUGCUUAACGAAUGAGUGUUGGGAGCGGAUUAAUAAUGAGGAAUCUAACGGGCUUCUUUCAACAGAAAGUAAAGAUCAUCACAGAAGUUCAUUUAUUGCUACUGAAGUUUCGACAAUGGGUGAAACAGAAUCUUCUCACGCGCAUGAGAUUGUGCUGGAUUUUAAUCUCAGUAGUGAUGUGAGUGAUGAAGAGCUUGAUAAUUCCGGUGAAGAUAACAUGGUCUGUGUACCAUCUUCAUCAGACAAAGCAGAAGAGGACAUAAGCAAAGUGGAUAGUGAAGUGACUGCAGGAAAAAGGGAGCCAGGCCGGAGAGUACGCAAGCCAGGAGCUUCUACUACCACAACGUCGGUGUCAGAAGUUACUAACAUUGGUCUUCGACGUUCUCGUAGGAGGAGAAACUGAAUCUGCAUCCCUUGCUAGUGUACAUUGGUAGGAGACUUGAGUACAUGAAGAACAGCAUGCUUGUAAAUGCCCAUUUUGUCUCAUUUUACUCACCUUGUAUAUCUCGUCCGGGUUCCGUAGAAUUUUGCAUUUUUGCCUUUUCAAUGCGUCCUGCUUAGCACUGUUUUUUUAUAUAUCAAAAUUAAGCUGUGGUUUGGCCAUUUCCUAGCAGGCCGCCUUGUAUCCAUAGAUUUUGAUGUAUUUGUCCCUUGCUUGAUCCUCAUACUGCCCAAUAGAAUGAGAGGGUGAUUUGGAAGUCAUAGUUUUACAAGGAGAAUGGGAAUGCACGUGGCAAGGAAAUGAAACAAAAAGAGAAGCAAAAUCUUGUUGUGAUCUUACAUUUUGAGCCACAACCAAAUAGUAUUUGAGUCUGAUUAGUAUGAUCAUGUUAAUGUUGUGGUUGAAACGAGGCAUCACCACAGGAAUGGCUAGAGAUGGAGAAGGAUCAUGCCAAACAUUUCUCACUAAUUCAACAGUAUAUCGCUCACCUAUGAACGUUGAUUAGACGGUGAUGACCAUAUGGCAACUUUACCAUGAUCUUAUAGAUCUUAGUACAUUUUUUUUUCCAAAUCAACCUGAUUUUAGAUCU